UUUAAUUUUAAUAUAAUUGUACACAUUUGAGAUAUAAACACAUAUGUUUUAUUUGUUUUGUUGUAGUAUAUGUUAAACUUAUUUUCAAGCUAAUUUUAAUCAUGAUUUUCGUAAAAGUAUGUUAUUUAAAGUUUAAUUUGUAAUAUAUCCUGUAAAAUAUUGUUUAAUUUAAAAAAUUAAUUCUAAAUUUAUUAAUUGUUCUUUUUGUUUUUAAAAUAAUGUGGAUUCAUUAUUGUUCAGUAAAUUGAGAUACAAAGUAAUAACUUGUUUAACAAAAAUGUUAAAGGAGCCCUUAAAUACAAUAAGUGGCAGCUCAGCUGUUUACUGUGAUGUUAUCCCAUCACUUUUAGCUGAAAGGAUAGAUCAGCUGUCUGUAUAUGGGCCCCUCUUUGAAGCCCUCACUAAUAAUCACUUUAUUAAAUCAGGCUACAACAUGAAUUCAGGCUCUGUUUUUAGUAAACCUGAAUGCCAACUUGAGGUUGAAGUUCGUCUGGGCUUUAUACAGAAUAUCAGAUCAGAGCAUCGAUUCACACUACCGGUUACAACCGAUACUCUGUUGGCCUCAAGAGCCCCAGUGAAGUUUGUUCCAGGAGUGACCGAGGACCAGUACAAUGCAGCCAGAAACUUUCUUAUUGAGACUUCAGAGGAGGACGAUCCGAAGAACGAGUGGACUACCUGCCUAAAUUCAUGCACCAUAAAUAGAUUUUUCGAGAUUCAAGGUUACGAUGAACUGGUCAGAAUAAGCGUUUCAAAUGACUCAAACUCUCCAGUUAAUAGACAACAAAAGGAGCCAGUUGAUGCUAUUAGAAAGGUUAACCUGCUCACUUGGAACAUUAGCUCAGGAUCAACUGAGGAGCCUAGUGAAGAAUCGGAAGAAUUCUCAACAGGGCUUGAAGGAUUAGACUACAGAAUUGCAGUAAAUCUUGAGUAUAAAGUACCACUAACUAAUUUGCCAACGACAAGUAACGCUAAAUACUGUAGGAGAAGAUUAAGAGAUUCGUUUAUUCACACUGAAAGCAAGAUGAGAUUUGAUUUAUCUAAGGUUGAGGAUGUGACAGAGAAUAAGGAUCCGACAACGUCCAAGUUUGAGAUAGAGAUAGAGCUUUUAGGUGAAGAGAUUGUGAAGAGCUUGAUGGACAAAUCACUCAGCUCAGAUCAACGCAUGAUGAACCUCAAGUACCACUGUUCAACACUGAUUAGGUCCUCCCGGUAUAUUAUGGAUCUAAUCUCUAGUAAGAAUGAACGCCUAAAGUACUCGUCUUUCAUAAACUCAAUUUCAGAAAAGGUAGGAGUGUACGACCUGAGGAUAGUAUCCCAGGACCCAGAGUCAGUUGAAAGGUAUAAGAGAUACUUAUCACCACAGCUCCCACUCAUUGGAGAUUAUCUGUACAGAGCAGUAUCAGUUAACCUGGAAAAGAAACCAGACCUGUAUAAUAAUAGGAAAUCACUGUAUACACAAGAAGCAAAAGAUAUACCAGGACCAUUUGUUGUCAAAAUGGAUACAAAUGGACACAGAUAUGUAACAUUAGAUAAAUGAUGUUUUAUAUAUGA